CAGUCUCCGUCGCUUUCACUGCAUGUCAGCUCUCUCACACACACACACACACGCGCGCAUUAUACACUUUUUUUCCCCCCUCCUUUACAGCAAUUUUUCUUUUUUUCCCCCCCUUUUUUAAACUCUGCGGAAGAGUAGCGCGUUCAAACUCGGAAUACAUUCUGGGAAAAAUUUUGGGACUCUGCUGUAUUAACACCGGAGGUUUCAGUGUAUGUGUGUGUGCGCGCGCCGUGUAGUUUAUUUAUUAUUAUUUACCCCCAGCGAUGUCGACGGCAGCAGCAGCUGCGGUGUGUGGCCCUGCUAUUGCCGGCGGCGGCGGCGGCCCGAUUCCCGGAGCCGGAGCCGAGCUGGUCCGCGGGCAGGCCUUCGACGUCGGGCCACGGUACAUCAACCUGUCUUAUAUCGGCGAAGGCGCUUACGGGAUGGUUUGUUCGGCGUAUGAUCGGGAUAAUAAAGUGCGCGUGGCCAUAAAGAAGAUCAGCCCGUUCGAGCACCAGACGUACUGCCAGCGCACUCUCCGCGAGAUCAAGAUCCUGCUGCGCUUCAAACAUGAGAACAUCAUCGGCAUCAACGACAUCAUCCGCGCGCCCUCCAUCGACCAGAUGAAAGACGUCUACAUCGUGCAGGACCUGAUGGAGACCGAUCUGUACAAGCUGCUGAAGACACAGCAUCUCAGCAACGAUCACAUCUGCUACUUCCUGUACCAGAUCCUGCGUGGCCUGAAGUACAUCCACUCAGCCAAUGUACUCCACCGAGACCUGAAGCCCUCCAACCUGCUGCUCAACACCACCUGCGAUCUCAAGAUCUGUGAUUUCGGGCUCGCGCGUGUAGCCGACCCGGACCACGAUCACACCGGGUUCCUCACGGAGUACGUAGCCACACGCUGGUACCGUGCCCCGGAGAUCAUGCUCAACUCAAAGGGUUAUACCAAGUCCAUCGAUAUCUGGUCAGUGGGAUGUAUUCUGGCUGAGAUGCUCUCAAACCGACCCAUAUUUCCUGGCAAGCACUACCUGGACCAGCUCAAUCAUAUUUUAGGUAUCCUUGGCUCUCCCUCACAAGAAGACCUGAACUGCAUCAUCAACAUAAAGGCCAGAAACUACCUGCUCUCUCUGCCGCUGCGCUGCAAAGUGCCCUGGAACCGUCUCUUCCCUAACGCCGACCCUAAAGCGUUGGAUCUGUUGGACAAGAUGCUGACCUUUAACCCCCAUAAGAGGAUUGAGGUGGAGCAGGCCCUGGCGCACCCCUAUCUGGAGCAGUACUACGACCCAACUGAUGAGCCUGUCGCCGAGGCUCCGUUCAAAUUCGACAUGGAGCUUGACGACUUGCCCAAAGAGACCCUCAAGGCGCUCAUCUUCGAAGAAACGGCACGCUUCCAACCAGGCUACAGACCAUAACAUAACCGACUACAUCUACUACAUCUCCAAAUUUCACUCUCCGCAUACUAUUCUUCUUCUUCUUCUUUUUCCCCAUCAUCAUUAUUACAGUUUUUUCUCUCUCUCUUAUUCUCUCCUACUUUUUUUUUUUUCUAGAUCAGAAUCGCUCUGGAUUUCUGUCUCCUCUCUUCUCUCCUGUCUUCAUCCUCUUUCCUCUGUCUCCUCUGAGAUUUGAGUUCAAACAAAGUGCGUGUGUGUGUGUGUGUGUGUGUGUGUGUGUGAGGUGAAACACGGAGUGCAGGCUGACCAGAAUAUCAUCGAGGAUUCGCUUCUUCGGACGAAACUCUUCUUAUGCUUCAGUAAAAAGCCUGUGAUCGUGUAACUGCUGUGCUUAAUUAUUAUUUUCUUUUUAAGAGCUUCUUGUCAGUCUCACUCCCGCUUUCCCGUAAAGCAUCCGUAAAGCCAUUUUCAAGUCGACGCCAAAUUUGGGGUUAAAAAAAAAAAAAAACCCCAAACAAACCCACAGUUCAGUUUGCCACGGUGCCACAUGUAUAAGGCUUUUAAUUAAACUUCUUCAGCUAACAUGCCACGUGCCCCUUAACUAAUACGGUAAUAUAACAAGUUUGUUUGGUUUUGUUUUUUUUUUUUUAAAUGGAAUAUUGUAUUACUGAUUUAGUAUAGCGUAGACAUUCCUUAAAUGUUCCAGAUUGGUUGCUGUUUGGAAAAAUAAAAUAACAAGAGCUCAAGCACCAAAGACAAACGGGUUAUUUGGGCACUUGCAGGGGAGGAGUGGAUAGAAUUAUUAUUAUUAUUAUUUUUAUUAUUAUUUUGGUCCAUAUAGUUAAUAGAGGUAGAUAUAGAGAUGAGCUCCGAAUCAUGUCGAAGCACACACAGGGCUAUCAGGGAUGGAGGAAUGGAGGGAGAAAGGGGGGGGGGGUGUCAAAUAUUCUCAAGGGGUAAUUUGUGGCUACAUGUUGCCACGAUAAAAAAUCAACAACAACAGAUUAUUACUGAAACAUGAGCUAAAAAGUACAGUGCCUCGUCGUUUUUGUUUUCUUUUUCUCUCCUUUAUCUUCGUGGCUCUUUUUGCUUUCCUUUUCCAGUGUGUUCCUGCCCUCUCUUUGUCUCUCUCGUCUUCUCUCAAUAAGACUGUGUCCUUGCAUGACUGUUAAAAAAAUCAAAUAAAAAAAAAAGAGGGGGAAAAAAAAAAGCUUUCUAUACAAAGAACAUGGAGGUGCCACACUGCUGGGGAUUCCACUUCGGGACUCUCAGGUCUUUUUUUUUUUUGUUGUUGUUGGUGGUGGUGGUUCUUUAUAUUCCCGCAAUCUUUUCUUCUUUCGUCGUUGCUAUUGUUGGGGGUUUUUUGUUUUGUUUUGUUUUUUUUUUUUUUAAGUUCCCUCCUUCAACUUUUUCAAGCUUUCAGAACAUUUCGGAGAGUAGAUUUUUAAGAAACUCGGUCGGGUUAAGCGGGAGAGCAAGACGACAGAGUGACGUGGACGUAACGUGUCCAGCCAUGGAGAUUUUCACUACACAGCAAACCUCACCUUUUACUCGGCGCCAAUCAAAGCCACGCUUUCUCACGUUAAAUCAGUCAAAGUCGUGGACCUUAUAGAGCAAACUAGCACUUAUCGACUGAACAAUACAAAGAAAAUGAGUUUAGAGAACGAGAAUCAGGCUGCUCUUGGGUUCACUGCUGUUUAUAUCCAGCAUAGCGCCAUCUAGUGUGAGGUGCUAUAGAGGACAUUGUUCAGUUAUUAGAGCAGAGAAAACUGGCUGGGUUUUUUUCUUUUCUUUUCUUUUCUUUUCUUUUAUUGUUCCUGAAAGGCACUGCAAAAUCCUGUAAGAUAGCUUCAGCCAAGUCCAUGUGCAGCCUGUCUGUUCUGUGUGCCUUUACUCAUUAUAAAUAACGGUUUAUUAUCGUGCAGUUUUGUUUCGUCGGGGAUCAGUUGUGAUUUUUUUUUUUUUUGUGGUAUAUUCUUAUAUACAUAUAUUUAAAAAAUAAAAAUACAUUUAAAAAAAAAAAAAAAAAAGGAAAAUCAACAACAACAACAAAAAAAAAUCUUAACUCUGAUUUAUGUCAUUUUAAGUCCAGCGCUUUUGUGAUUUUUGUGAUUGAGUUUGGGAAAGUAUUAAUUAAGUAAUUAAUUAAAAACAAGGCUUUUAUUUCAGCCUCGAGUUGCCCCGCUGCUCUUUUUUGGUGGGGCACUUCUUGAGCUUUUUGAAGAAUUUUUUUUUUUUUUUUUUUUAUUGUAAACUGAAUGUCAUGUUUCUAGUGGUUAUUAAUCUUGUUACAGAAUUGUAGCCACAUAUUAAACUCUUCUGUAAGUAAUGUUCUAAACCAUGGAAGACUUGUUGUGGAUUUCACUUGCAGGUUUAAAGUUUCCCCGCCUCUCCCUCGGCUCUCGCCUUCACUGGGGGUGUUGAUGUAAUCAUUUGGGGAAACGUUAUAAUUGAAUAUUAAUAUCUAAUUAAAAUAUGUUGCACCUUGAAGAAAAAAGUAAUUACAGAUUACAGUAAUUACAGAUUUUUUUUUUUUUUAAUUACUACUACUACUACUACUACUACUACUAUGGGGGUAAUUUAGCAUCUGCCAAGUCAUGUAACCUGAACACACCAGAAUAAACACUGUAUCCUGUUUCA